UUUUCCUAUAGGAGAAAACUUGUUUUUCUAACGUACAUAUGGGAAAUUUUGGUUUUCAUGAAUGAUAAAUAUUCUUCAAGAGUUAUUAAGCAGUAAUAUUUCUGACAGGUUCAUAAUUUAUGAAGGAAACUUCAUUUUCAACAUCAGAUCUUAUAUGUGUAGCCCAUUUUGUUGUAUAUACUGCAGCAGGCUCUGUAUCACAUCUGGCAAAAAAAUCUCAUUCCUCCUGUGUUAUCCUGUGGUUUUCCCUUUCUAUGGAGGUCAGUAUUCUUCUGUUCGAGUAUGAAGGGCUUUUCCAUCUUCCAUCUUUCAUAAAUGAUUAUCAGCCCUAUCCUACAUAGCUUUAAAUUUUGUAAUACUACAUUUUAGCAGCACCACAGAAUCAUUGCCAAGUGAUCUAAUACUGAUCUUAUUCUUGCUUGGUACUUACCAAAACAUCUGCAGAGAACAGUGGCACUCAGGGAAGAGAGUUUUUCGGAGCACUUUCUUUCCAUCCACUCUAGCACACACUCAAGAUGAGUCCCUUUUUGUGAUUGAUCUGUAUAUUCAAACAUGUGACUGCCAUUUUGACCCCUAAUAACUUUUCUUGAAUUAUAGAAUAGUAUUUUUAAAAAGCAUAUUGUUUGUGUGCUUUUAUUAAUUGUGAAACAUAUGAUACUGAAUUUCUCAGGACCCUAAAAAUAAAUUUCUCCAAUCUCAGGAUCAGCAAUAAGUAUAUGAUAUGUUCUCUGUAACUGGCAUAUUUUGUUUUGUGAACCUUGAAUCUCAUUCUUAGUUGUAUUAACCCUCUUAUCUAAGUAGAGCAGCUACUUAGACUGGGAAAAAAAGUCUGGGUUCUCUUGUUGUUCUAGGUUAGUCAGAGAAGAGCUCCUAAUUCUUGCAAGAAUGCUGUAGAUUCAGUGACCCAGGAAAUCCUGAGGAUGAAACUGCUUUUGUUGCUCAGGAAAAUCCCAGUAUGUGGUGAGGCUGGAUGAGUCAUAUAAUAAUAAGUUUUGCAAAAAGAGUACCGGGUCAGUCACUAAACAUGUAGCAUGGUUUCUGGGGGACCUCUGCUCCAUGGGUAGCCUUUCAAGCUGUAAAGAAAUAUAGUUUACUUGAGUCAGCCUUCUGGAUCAAAAAUAGUCUCUCUGUCUUCACUUAAGCAUAGAUGUUUCACUUAAGGAUAAAUGAGAAUACACCGCUUAUCCUGGAGUCAGUUCUUCUGACCAUGUGUACUGGCUUCAAGUCCUCCUGUCCACUUGGAAGCAGACUCUUGGCUACCAGUCAUGUAAAUCAGUCCUCCUGGCUUCUAACCUACUGUUUCUCAGUCAGAAAUUCCUACCCAGCUGCUCUUCUGAUCAUUUACCAAAGCUUAGCACCUUAGACCAGCAAAUGCUACUUUUCAUUUUCUCCAGUGAAAACCCAAAGCACUAUAACAAUGAUAGAAUUUAAAGAUAGCCAGUUGCACAGAAUAAAGAAUCUAAUAGUGCUAUUAAACUAUGCCAUUGCUGAGUUUUGACAAACAUUUCUCUUUUUACAUAAAUGGUUUAAAAGUCGCGGGUUAUAUUUAAAUCUAUUUUUACUGUGAAAUUCUUAUGGUGAGAAAAGCCCUUAUAGGAAGGGUAAGGUUUAUGAAUUUCAUCACUACUUUUUCAUCUCCAUUUAAUAAGAAAUAUUUAACUCUUUAAGAGAUUAUCCAAAUGCUGGAUAUGGGCAUUUUUGCCAAACUGAACAAAAAACAAAAGUAAGAAUAUUCCAAAAUUAAUGAGAGUUGAUUUCUAAUAGGUUUUGUAGCAAGUGGUGAAAUCAGAAUAAAAUAAAUUACAACUUUGGAAUGCUCCUUUCAUCAUAUUUUUUAGAUAAUCUCUUGGUAAAAGUAGCCAUUUGAAGAAUGUUUCCAUUACUUGAUAUAGUGAAUUGUCAACUUACAUUAAAUUGUGAAAACAUAUUAAAAUAAAAAUGUUAAGUGCCAAUCUUACUUUAUAGUUAGAAAAAAAAAAAUACAUGCUGGCACAUGGCCAAAAUAUUUGCCUCCAAAAUGUCAUCUUUAGAACGAUUUUUUAAACCCACUGUGAUUGCUUCUCUCUCCUCUCAACUCCCAGCAGGCUAAAGCAGACCUCACAUAGUCCCACACAGAUGUAGACAGAGAAACUGCUCAUUAUCAAUCAACGAACACAAACAAGUUGAAGACUGCUCAGUUCCCCCUGUUAAAGUUUCCAGAUUGUUUGAACUUCUCUGGCCGCACAAUACAGGAGGGCAGCCUGAAGCAGCACAGGACCCACAGCGUGUGCAGCAUGGGCUGGUUCAGUAGGAUUGUGUGUCUUUUCUGGGGAGUAUUACUUACUGCAAGAGCAAACUAUCAAAAUGGGAAGAACAAUGUGCCAAGGCUGAAAUUAUCUUACAAAGAAAUGUUGGAAUCCAACAAUGUGAUCACUUUCAAUGGCUUGGCCAACAGCUCCAGUUAUCAUACCUUCCUUUUGGAUGAGGAACGGAGUAGGCUCUAUGUUGGAGCAAAGGAUCACAUAUUUUCAUUCAAUCUGGUUAAUAUCAAGGAUUUUCAAAAGAUCGUGUGGCCUGUAUCUUACACCAGAAGGGAUGAAUGCAAGUGGGCUGGAAAGGAUAUCCUGAAAGAAUGUGCUAAUUUCAUCAAGGUGCUUAAGGCUUAUAAUCAGACUCACUUGUAUGCCUGUGGAACUGGGGCUUUUCAUCCAAUUUGCACCUACAUAGAAAUUGGACAUCAUCCUGAGGACAACAUUUUUAAGCUGGAAGACUCACAUUUUGAAAAUGGCCGUGGAAAGAGUCCAUACGACCCUAAACUGCUGACAGCAUCUCUUUUAAUAGAUGGAGAAUUAUAUUCUGGAACAGCAGCUGAUUUUAUGGGGCGAGACUUUGCUAUCUUCCGAACUCUUGGGCACCACCACCCCAUCAGGACAGAGCAGCAUGAUUCCAGGUGGCUCAAUGAUCCAAGGUUCAUUAGUGCCCAUCUCAUCCCAGAGAGUGACAACCCUGAAGAUGACAAAGUAUAUUUUUUCUUCCGUGAAAAUGCAAUAGAUGGAGAACACACUGGAAAAGCCACUCACGCUAGAAUAGGUCAGAUAUGCAAGAAUGACUUCGGGGGCCACAGAAGUCUGGUGAAUAAAUGGACAACAUUCCUCAAAGCUCGUCUUAUUUGCUCAGUGCCAGGUCCAAAUGGUAUUGACACACAUUUUGAUGAAUUGCAGGAUGUAUUUCUAAUGAAUUCUAAAGAUCCUAAAAAUCCAGUUGUAUAUGGAGUGUUUACAACUUCCAGUAACAUCUUCAAGGGGUCAGCUGUGUGCAUGUACAGCAUGAGUGACGUGAGGAGGGUGUUCCUGGGUCCCUAUGCUCACAGAGAUGGUCCUAACUACCAGUGGGUGCCUUAUCAAGGAAGAGUGCCCUACCCACGACCAGGAACUUGUCCCAGUAAAACAUUUGGUGGAUUUGACUCUACAAAAGACCUUCCUGAUGAUGUUAUAACAUUUGCAAGAAGUCAUCCAGCCAUGUACAAUCCAGUGUUUCCUAUUAAUAACCGGCCAAUAAUGAUCAAGACUGAUGUAAAUUAUCAGUUUACACAAAUUGUAGUAGAUCGAGUGGAUGCAGAAGAUGGCCAGUAUGAUGUCAUGUUUAUUGGAACAGAUGUUGGGACCGUUCUUAAAGUAGUUUCAAUUCCUAAGGAGACUUGGCAUGAUUUAGAAGAAGUUCUGCUGGAAGAAAUGACAGUUUUUCGGGAACCAACUACUAUUUCAGCCAUGGAGCUUUCCACUAAGCAGCAACAACUAUAUGUUGGCUCUGCUGCGGGGGUGGCGCAGCUCCCUUUACACAGAUGUGAUAUUUACGGGAAAGCCUGUGCAGAGUGCUGCCUCGCCCGGGACCCAUACUGUGCCUGGGAUGGCUCUUCAUGCUCUCGCUAUUUUCCUACUGCAAAGAGACGCACAAGACGGCAAGAUAUAAGAAAUGGAGACCCACUGACUCACUGUUCAGACUUACAACACCACGAUAAUCACCGUGGCCACAACUUUGAAGAAAGAAUCAUCUAUGGAGUAGAAAAUAGUAGCACAUUCCUGGAAUGCAGUCCCAAAUCACAGCGAGCUCUGGUCUAUUGGCAAUUCCAGAGGCGAAAUGAAGAGCGAAAAGAAGAGAUCAGAGUGGACGAUCAUAUCAUCAGGACAGAACAAGGCCUGUUACUGCGAAGUCUACAACGGAAAGAUUCAGGCAGUUACCUCUGUCAUGCUGUGGAACAUGGAUUCAUGCAAACUCUUCUUAAGGUGACCCUGGAAGUCAUUGAUACAGAGCAUCUGGAAGAACUUCUUCAUAAAGAUGAUGAUGGAGAUAGCUCUAAGACCAAAGAAAUGUCCAACAGCAUGACACCUAGCCAGAAGAUCUGGUACAGAGACUUCAUGCAGCUCAUCAACCACCCCAACCUGAACACAAUGGAUGAGUUCUGUGAACAAGUUUGGAAAAGGGACAGAAAACAGCGUCGGCAAAGGCCAGGACAUACCCAAGGGAACAGUAACAAAUGGAAACACUUACAGGAAAAUAAGAAAUGUAGAAACAGGAGGACCCACGAAUUUGAGAGGGCACCCAGGAGUGUCUGAGCUGCAUUACCUCUAGAAACCUCAAACAAGUUGAAACUUGCCUAGCCAAUAACUGGAAAAAAAAAAUGCAAUAUACAUGAACCUUUUUCAUGGCAUUAUGUGGAUGUUUACAAUGGUGGAAAGUGCAACUGAGUUCCACCAAUUAUAAAUUAAGUCCAUGAGUAACUUUCCUAACAGGCUUUCUUCCUAAUACCAACACCUAAUAGAGGUCAGGUGAACAAAGAUGUUCACCCUAGCAGACUAAAUGUUUCCUACAAGAUUUCACUGUACAGGUUUCGCUUUCUUCUUUGCCUGAGAAAUGAAAAUGUCAUUUGCCAUACUGUCAUCUAAAGGAGAAAAAUUGCAUCAGCAAAGCCAUUUUAUUGAAUUAGAAGUUUAGAAUAAACUGCAUGGAUUUACUAAGCUGAUGACUAUUCCAAAAUGCUGUUGGAUUCAAGGAUAUUUUUUGUCUACCAGCACUCGUGUUUAUUUGUACUGGAGGAGUAAAAUGAUACUGAGUGAAAUGGUCUGUGGAAAUAUAAAAAACAUAAACCAUCCAUCAUCCAGAAGAAAAAUGGAAUACACUGAUCUACUACUGAUGUCUUCUUCCAGCUUUUACCUAAAGAUGUAUUUUAUUAAAACUAUAAUUUAAAUGUACCAUGACAAAUAUGCAGUAAAAAUUAGCUCUUUUCUAAGCUAGAGUAGGUUUUUGUCUCAUAAUUAUUGUACUAUAUGGUUUUUGUUUUUAAAAACUCCAAGUGUGUGCUGCUUUUUUUUUAAUUUUGUUUUUAGUUUUGCAAGAGGGAUAACCAAUAUUGUUCUAGAAACAUGUACACAUCAUUAACAAUUAAUUCCUAAAUGCACAUAUGAAUUAUGGUUUAUUUCUCUGAGGAAUUAAAAAAAAAAACACCUCCCCUUCAUUAGAUAUUAUCUAAAUUAAUUGGAACCUACAUAACAUUCUUAGAAAAACAGUGUUUAACUAGGACAAAAGAAGUAGAUUUGUAAACGCAUUUUGUUGUGCCUACUGGAUCAACAAAGAGAAAAAGAAUUGCAUAUUGAUAGUCAUAAAAAUUGUAAGCAUUGUUUUAAUUUAAUGUUAAUAGAAGAUGUCUUAAUUCUCUGAUUGAAUUCCUGCCUGUUAUUUGAGACAUAAAAACUCUCUUUCAAGACCCCAUUAGGAAUUUUAUCUGUGUCAAUUUUUUUGAGAAUAGGGAGAUCAGUAAUAUUGACAUCUUUAUCAGCUGUCUCUUACCUGGUUUAAGACAAUUAUCUAUCUCUAAAGCAUGGUUCCUUUCAGGUCAAUGGGAUUGGCUUUUAUAGAAACUGUUUUCUACAACACCACCCACACCAAGAAUACAUAAAGCUCUUUGUCUUCUGCAACACCUUAUAAGACAAAAGAAUGUUAUCUAAAGGCUUGCCUGCUUGGUUGUCCUAAGAUGAUUUCUCUUGAGAAACACUGACUUCAAGAUAUAGAAGAUCUUCAGCCUCACAGUGCAGUUUCUUUUGCACUGCACUCACCUUUCUGAGCAUCCCUAGGUUCUUCAUCACAAACAAAAAUGCAAAGGAAACAUCUUUUUGCUAAUUAAUGAAAACAGCAUUGAAAUUCUAACUCUAGCUGUCUUGGAAUUCUAAUUAACUCAGCAUUAAUUUCUCACCUCAGACUACAGUGAUUUUUUUUUUUUAAUUCUCUAUCUGCUGAAAUAUUUCACAGAUGGAAGCUCAUGUUUCAGUUUUAAUGAUUACUUUGAUUAAACAAUUUUUUGACUUUUGUUUUGAAAGCCUAAAAAUGUCCUCCAUGCAAUUUUAGGCUCCAUUGAUUAAUACGGUAUUACUUUUUGAAGUAUAUCUUCAAAUGGUAGCUGAAUUUUAAAUUAUUUGAAGGACAAACAUUCCUGUAGAGAAAAAAAUAAAAUGUUUGUGAUAUAAAUCAAAGAACAAAAGCGCUCCAAAAAUAGGUCAUUCUUUUAUUUUCAUAGGAUAUCUUAACUAAGACUCAGUGUUGCAUUUCAUUCUGAAUUUGCCAUUGUGUCUUAUUUUUUAUUAGUCCUCAAAAAUAAAGGAUUUGAAGGAAUAAGAGAGUGUAUAACUUCAGAGAUGCCUUCCAAUAUCUGAAUACAUUUUGUUUAUCAUUAUAGAAUACCUAUGAAAAGAAAGUCUAGAUUUCAGUUUAAAAAAGCAAAUCCACUGACAUGUCUUUCUUGAAUCAGAAGGUCUACAUUUUCAAAGAAAAUUAUAGAUAUAACUUGUAGGCAAAAAACUCUUAUUACAGCCAUAAUCUUCUGCCAAUGUGUAUUGAAGGGGGCAGUUUGCAUGAAAAAUAUUUAACAUCCCAUUUAAUUCAGUUUUAAUAGACUUUGGCUUAUGCGUGUAUCAUCAAGGUUGAAACUUUGUUAAGAGACUUAUAGGACCUUAAACAGAUUAUGACAGCAAUCUGAAAAUAGGAAAAAGGUUCAUCACAGCAAAGAAAUUAUGGCCCAAUUGAAAUCAAAUGUAAAAUGCAAAUGCAUGUAAAUGCACACUUAAUGCUACUUUUUAUGUAUUAUUUAGUGAUUUUCAGUGGUAUGUGUUUAAUAUUUUUGCUACCUACACAUUAGGCAAAGAGAUGUAAAUAAUUUUGAAGAGAAAGAACAGUGUAAAAUGCAGCUUUUUUAUAGGUACUCCAUUUUAGUGUGUUCAACAUCAUCCUAAAAUGCAAGAGUUUCCCACAUAGGUGACAAGGUGGCUUAUGUGCUAUUUAAGGGCAGAGCUGUGUGCCCAUUCAAUAAGCAUGAUUUUUUGCCAGAUAGUAAAUAUGUUCCAUAUCUGUAUUUAUCAUUGCAUUUCAGAUGGGAACUAGAAAACUGGAGAGAAAAAAAUGUAAUGAAAACUGCUGCUGUAAAUUAUUCCUUUUAGCAUGUACUCAGUUGCUAAAUACACAUUUCU